AUGAAGUCUUUUGGCAGAGGAGAACAACUCGACUGCAAGCGUAUCGCGGAAAACUACAACGCUUGCGAUAUGGUUGCUGUCAAUCUUCUAGGCUACUCUCACCACUACUGCUCUGGUGGCGGAUUUCCGGCCUACUGCAACAAGUACCCGACAGUAAUCAGGGAUCCCUUGUUCUCCACGGUGUGCAGGAACCUCGUGGUCCCGUACAUCAUUGAGGCAAAUGCCGGACACGGCAUACUGAGGCGGGCAGACAUGUGCGACACAAUGUAUGAGAGCUACUUGUCGUUCCUCACUGCAAGAAGGGUAGACGAAUUUUGUCAGAAUGCCAAGUCCAUAGCAGCGGAAAACGACCUUGCCACUGGUUUCAACACAGGCGUCACGUCACUGAGUCAAGAUUCUGAAGCGCUUGACCAAGAAUCUACAGUGACGCUCAACAUAUUAAUAAGCACCGCGGACCAAAAUGCGGGAUUCGAUUCCUCCAUCCAUACUGCCAUCCAAGAUCUCUCAGCAGCGCUGACUGCCGCGGAGACGUCGGUAGCGCGACUUGAGUACCCAGAACUGAAACAGACAGCCGAGGAGAAUCUCGACGUCUUUGCGAAGGCAACAGGUCCCAUUGCACAAGCGGGGUCCGACAUGAACAAAGCUCUCGCGGCUGAGAGAAAUCUGCGUGCUUUGGUGGACCACGGAGGUCACUUCGCGUAUGCUCAGAUCUCCCUUCUAAAAACUGUCCGCUGA